GUUCAACAUUUAAGCAAUGUUGAAAUUUGCUCUUUCUUGCAUUCACCUUCUAUGACUUGGGAUGGACAAGAAAAAGAAAACAUAAUAAAUAUACAUGUACAAAUUGCUCUUUCAUACAUUCACCUUCUCUCUCUCUUUUAGAUCAUGUCAUAACUUCGCCUUAUAGUUAUGAUGGAUCUUUUUGCUUCCUGUUUCUUUUCCGGAGGAGAAGAACAAGAGAAAGAUCCCAGAUCAAGAAUUUCAAGUUGAGUUCUUCACUAUUUUAUGUUCUGUCAUUGCAAAAACUUUCUUGCUAGCCUUUCUAUGAACAUUGCAAAAGUCAGAAAAGGAAUUGAAGAUCUGUAACAGAACAAAAUUCUUUUGUGAGAAAUUUAUUGUUUUUUCCCUUCCACCGGAAGGAGAAGAGGAAGGGAAGAAUGCCUGCUUAUCCACGUGCAAGAUAUUAGCCAAGCCUUAACCCUGGCAUCUUACCUUUUUGCAGCCUAAAUAUUCUUCAAAUGGAACAUAUUUUCUUGUCUUUUACCCUUUACAUGGUUUGUUUAUUUUCAGUUGGAACAUAUUCUCUUAUCUUUUAUUCUUUACAUGAUUUGUUUUGGCCCUAAUUGAACUCGGUACAUAUUUACUUCCUCCUAAUAUUUAUGCCUUUGAAAGCAAGACUUGGAGAGAUACUAACUUCAGACCUUUUAAUUUUUCAUGAUCUCUUGUACUAGCUGUAUCAUCCACAUAAACAACUUUCACGAUCUUCUUCCUCUGAUAAAUCCUAAAGAAAGCAGAGUGAUCAUUCUGUGUGCAGUGCAGACGGAAACUCUUGCACAAUCAUAGAAAUUCUUCCAAACCAAGUCCUGGAAGUCUGUUUCAAACCAUAUAAUGACUUCUUUAGUUAACACACCUUUUCCAACUCUCUUUGAGCAAUUAAUGUCGACGGUUGCUUCAUAUAACCUCUUUGUCAAAAGAUUCUGGAAGAAAAGGUUUUAUUGAUAAGUGGAAACAGCAAAAAUAAGCAAACAACUUGAUACACUAAGUACCAGCAGAAAAGGUGUCAUGUUACUCAACAUCAUAUCUUUGAGAGCAUUCUUUAACUAUUAUUCGAGCCUCUAGUUGAGUCAGGGAUCCAUUAGGAUUCAAUUUGAUGUGUACACCCACGGACAUCUAACUGGUUCUUCCCGUGAGAAAGAGGGACCAACUCCCAUGUCUCAUUAUUCACCACCCCUCUCAUCUUAUCUUCCAUGGCUUCUUACUAAUUUGAAUUUGGCAUAAACAUUAAUGUUGUGUUUUGGUUGUUCGUGUAAUUUUAUAAAGAUAAUGUCUCUCCUCUUAGCUUUGGAUAAAAAUGUGGCGGAAUGGUUGCUUGCCAUCCAUCAACAUAAAGAGUACCAAUUAUAUUAUCAUUAUAUUGAAUAUGUAUAUUAGUUCUUUUGAAGACCACGCCAUAUUAGCCUGUCCCUCCAUGCCCCUCAUGCAAUUUUUCUUCUCCUGACUGGCUGAUUCCAUAAACUGGUACUUUACUGGAUUCUAGAUGGAUUGUUUAUGUACUGUUUUGCAGGUAAUAUUGGGUUCUACUUCUUGCCUGAUUUGGUGAUUGAGCUAAAUUACGAACAAGGUCAUGUAUUUUUGUUUUGCCAGAACAACCUUAAUAUCUCAAUCUAAGUAUUAACUCAAGUUAUGUGAAUCAAUAAGAGGUCUUACUUUGACUUAAUGUGAAAGUGUGUGUGAUGCUUUAGUAAUACAUCCCUCAUGAAGCAUGUUUGGUCUACGACUACGAGUAUUAUUUUACAUGACUUGUUAGGUAGUUCAACUUUCAAUGGAUAUUUCAUUUUUACAUGAACUGAAAGUUUUGCUUCGUUGGCUACAUAACUUCACGUUUGAUUGUUUUGAGUCAUAUCUAGGUUCCCAGCUUCGAAAUGCUUGUUUCCUGUAGGCUUCCAAUCAACAAUUUAUUUAUUUUUGCAGUCACUACCCAAGCAACCAUAUUAAUAAUCAUGCAAUGUAUAAAAAUCUCUCAUUCAUUCAGUUUGCUUAUUAGAUGUAGCCCCUGCAAGGGACAACUUAUUGUGGAGCCUGCUAAGAACUUGAGGCUUCUGUUGCGGUUGUUUGAAUUAUUUAUAAACAUCAUAUUGGUGUGUGGCAUGAUUCCUUUGAUUUUAGUUAGUCAUACAUUUUCUGAUGUUUUUGCAUUUCAGGCUGUGAGUGAAAGCAUGGUGCUCCUGGGAUCAGCGACAGUUUUCAAUCUAGCUGUUACUUCUGGAACCCUAACUGCGAGCCAACGGACACCACAGAAAACAAUGAUCCAAAGGACGACCAUGCUCUACUCGCUGGAAAUCCAUUGGUUGGUCAUCAUCUGCGUGUUCUUCUUUGCACCUGCAUUCGACUUUUCAAUGCUUGUGUUUCCACAAACAGCAACGCGCAAGGAAAUAAGAAGACUAUUCUGCGGUUUCUAUUUGUGUGACUGAGGAAAGAUCAAGCCUAUCACCAUAGUAAAUACUUUUGGGCCAAGCUACAGAUUUCUUGAUAUGAUAUACUAUAUGCUACUCUGUUAGCAUUGUUACUCCAAAAGAAUUAAGCGGCUCUAAUAUAAGGUACUCGGUUUUGGCCAAUGAAUACUGUUGUGGCUACGAUUUGACUCCGGUUUUAUUAUUUUCUAUACACUCCCUUGUACUCUAAUCGCAUGCAACUAGUGGAAUGAGAGUGCAGAUUGUCGAGUUCUGGGAACUCCUCGAAGUUUCCUUUCCAAAGAGAAGCUAAGGUUUUUGUCUGUUGAUGUGAGAGAUCAGUUACCAGAGGCAAGCUAUCUGUUAUUUUCUGUAUGAAGUAUCUCGGAGUAAAUCCAGUGCCAGCGAUGAGUUUGCUGAAGAAUGCUCUUCUUGUUUAUAUUAUUACUGGAGCAAGUAAUAUUUGAAUAUCUUUGUUAAUUUUUUUGCAGAUGAAAGAUUAUUAAAGAGAAGAGAAUUGAAGAAUACUGAGAGUGAGAAUAUAUACAAGCAGUUACGAGUCCUUGUAAAUAAGCUUAAGUUUUGUAAAAAUUUCAAGAUAUUUCUCCUUGACUAUUAGCCGUUUAAUGUAAAAUAAAAAUUCAAUUUAUAGUA